UUUGACCAAUAGCCUGCUAAGAAAUUAUUGUAUCUGUGGGUGUGCUCUGCUGGGUAGGACGCUUAGCCGCCCAGAACUAACUUUUUCCAUGUUUAAGAGUAUGGAUAUGCACAGUGUGAAGGAUGUCCCAUGGACAGGCUGUGCUGUCCUGUUCCUGCAGUCGCUGUGUCCCUCUGUGAACCUGCUCUCCCUUUACAAAGACCCACAUGGCAAAUUCAGCGUCUUCAAGGUCAUCAAGCUCACCCUGACAGACUCAGUGGGGGGUCUGGUGGGGUACGAGAUCCUGAAGCUGCACGAUGCCGACCCCCGGCUGGGCGUGGAGGUGAAGUUUGUGGACGCCACCGUGUGCCGGCGAUUCCUGGAGAGCUACAGCUCAGGCGCUGUGCGGCAGUCCCUCGCCCAGCACUCCUGCCGUCUGCUUACCAGCCCCUUGGAGCUCGAGGCAGAGACAGAGCUGAGGGCCGGCACGCACACCCUGGACAACUGCCCCUCCCUGGAGCUCUGUCUGCAGCACAUCCACCAAGCACAGCCAGAGAGGCUGCGGGAUGAUGAGGUCACAGCGCUGGAGCAGCAGUUGCAGAACCAGGCCCUAGGCCACAACCCUCAGCGACAGGUCACACAGGAAGUGUCUCCAGUGCCCAGCAAUUGCUUUCUUUUUCAGAAGAAGGCCUUUGAGGACCGCAUGCUGACGGCCGCGGACCUGCAGUGUUUCUCCAGCGGGGUGGGCCGCCAGUGGAAGCAUGUGGGCCGGGCCCUGGGGAAGACCUGCCGUGCACUGAAGGGUCCGGCCAUAGACAACCUGGCUUACGAGUACGAGAGAGAGGGGCUCUAUGAGCAGGCUUACCAGCUGCUCAGCCGCUUCAUGCAGGCGGAGGGGCGGGCAGCCAGACUGGGCAGGCUGGUCAGAGCUCUGGAGGACUGCAAACUCACCAGCCUGGCAGAAAACAUGCUGGAAAAACAGCCAUGAGAUGGAACUCUCUGACACGCUCUGACACACUGUCUUGUUGUGGGUAUGUGUGUGUGUGUGUGUGUGUAGGAGGCUAGGAUGAACAGUUGACUCAUACAGUAUAUCUUUGUGGUCUCUGGUACAUAGGUUACUGUCCUUAUAUUGUAGGUGUUAACUGUAUGUGAAGUGAUAUGUGUUGGUGUAUGUGUGCAGAAAUGUAUUAGCUUGCGAGACUCUUUUACAAUUGUGCAUAUUUCUAUGUCAUUUCUAUGUCAUUCUGACUUUUUCUUUUUUUAACAACCCUUCUUUUGACUAAACUAGUAGAGUUCUGAGUGUGGGAGGCUGUUCCUAAAGUACCUGUGGAGCAGUUUUCUGACCCCCCCCCCCCCACACACACACACACACCUCAGCCCAGUUCUGCUCUGAUCAGAAUGUAAUCCCUCAAUCAGGAACCAGUCACCACAAUGUCAUUGCCAUUGUACAUUUAGUAAAGCUAUGUGCAAUAUGUGGGACAUGUUCAAACAAAUCAAAAUAAAGGGUUGGAUUUGUAAAA